UGUCUGAAAGAGCUUUGGGAAAUUUGGAGCUUGCUAUUGUUUGCUAAGAAUGGCUAAAAGGAAGCAAAGUAUGUACCCGUUGGCUUUUCAGUUAGGCACGCUGGGGAAGACGAGAAGUCAACUUCAGGUCACGGAUAAAACUUGGACAAUGGCACUGUGUAGGUACAUGAAGGACAAGUAUGUAUACUUCUGUGAGGGCUGGCCUGAAAUUGCAGAGGGUAACCUGCUGAAACAAGGAGACAUUUGCAUCUUUGAGUGCGUUCCAAGGUGGACUAAUGUCUUGCUGAAAGUCACUGUCAUUCGAGAAUGUUAAUUACUACAUACACAGCUUUGAGUUCAAGUGCAAGAUGGCUGAAAGUUAUCUCACCGUCAUCGACAACAAAAGCAGUUCACGAUUCUUUCAGGUGCUGUUUAGUUUCUUCUCAUCCGUACUGCAAAUUUUACUUGUAAACCAUACACACAAACUAGAUGUUCUACCUCAGCAUUUAGUAAUGGC